AUGGACCACAGCCCAAGCGUGUCUUUCAUCGGCAUCGUCGACUUUACCGAGGAUGCAAAGUGGCUGUACUGCUCAGCAUCCGUCCACGACUUGCUAGGUUUUGAGCCCCGCGAGCUCAUAGGGAGGCCCUCGCUCGAGCUCGUGCACCCCGACGAGUUUGCCCAGGUGCGCGGCAUCCACUACUCCACCAUCACCCAAGACCAAGCCGCGGUCCUCGCAUACCUCCGCAUGCGGCACAAGGACCCAUGCAAAGGCUACGUCUUGUGUGCCAUCUCCCGCACCGUCUGCCAGAACGUCCUCGUCGGCAGCGUGUCCUACGCGACGCCGGGGCCCAAGGCGAUGCACAACGCAUCGACCGCCCAGGAGGUCACCAUCAUCACGCCCACCGCAAAAGACUUUGAGUUUCGCUCUUGGACUGACGCAGGCCUGUGGUUCCCAAGCGUGUCUUUCAGUACGUCUCCGCUUGCCCCCUCGUCUGCGACCGUGCUCACCAACAACCCAGUCGGCAUCGUCGACUUUACCGAGGAUGCAAAGUGGCUGUACUGCUCAGCAUCCGUCCACGACUUGCUAGGUUUUGAGCCCCGCGAGCUCAUAGGGAGGCCCUCGCUCGAGCUCGUGCACCCCGACGAGUUUGCCCAGGACCAAGCCGCGGUCCUCGCAUACCUCCGCAUGCGGCACAAGGACCCAUGCAAAGGCUACGUCUUGUGUGCCAUCUCCCGCACCGUCUGCCAGAACGUCCUCGUCGGCAGCGUGUCCUACGCGACGCCGGGGCCCAAGGCGAUGCACAACGCAUCGACCGCCCAGGAGGUCACCAUCAUCACGCCCACCGCAAAAGACUUUGAGUUUCGCCGAUGGAACGACCCGAGCCCGAUGCCGCCCUCCCCCGUGCCGGCGCACCUGCUGCCGCACCGCACAGGCUCGCCCCCGUCGCUGCCGCACAACACGUACCCGGAGCACUUUGACCCGCUGCCGGAGCAGUCCGUGCGCACGGCGCUUAUCCUGGACCGCUUCACGGUGCGCUGCACGGUGAGCUACUGCUCGAACGACAGCCUGUUGCGCACGACGGACGUGCUCGGCCGGCCGUUCUGGGACUUUGUCGCCCCCCGCGACGAGCGGCUCGUCCGCUCCUGGAUCGACGUCAUCAAGGGCUGGGGCGUCAACGAGCGCGGCCAGCCGAGCGACGGCGGCUUCGGCUACGGCAAGUUCGCGCUCUUCGUCACCGGCCGCGACUCGAGCGCACGCACGACCGACGUCUCCCCCGCCCUGCGGCACCGCUCGCGCCCGCAGCGCACGCACGGACACACCCUGCGCCCCACCGACGUCCCACCGCCCGCGUCGAGCAGCCGGGCACGCGCCGGCAACGACUUUCUGCGCGAGCUGACGCGCGAGCGCCCGCCGACGCCGGGCACGGGCACGGGCACGGGCACAGGCACGAGCACCACAGGCGGUGGCGGUGGAGGAGGUGGCUACGCGCAGCCGCCGUCGCUCUGGCGCGGACAGGCGGACGAGCUGGCCGUAGACGCGAUCUUCAGCGCGCACAGCGACGGGCUGAUGGUCAUCCUCCGUCGCUCGUCGUCCGCGGGGAGCAGCGGCGGGUCUGGCAGCAGCAGCGGGUCUGGUACCAGUGCGUCUUCCUCGCUCGGCGCGCUCUCCCCGCCGCCGCCCCCACAAUCGUUCGCAGAUGCGGGCCAGGGAGGUCACGGGGCUGCGAGCUACACGUUUCCUCCGCCCCCUCCCCCGCCGCUACUCGCCCGGAGGCGCGGUUCCUCGGGCAGCGGGAGCGGGAGCGGCGCCGGGGGCCAGCACAGAUCCCGCUCGUCGUACCCUUCGCGAUGACUCGCCACGCGGAGGCGGGCAGGGAUGUCUCAGAGGCUGUCGGCUACUACUUGGCGGCGUUCCGUUUUUUUUUUUUUGUUGACUGGCUCUUGUAUGUAUUAUCAGCGUGUUGGGAUACCCUUGCUUCUUCGUCGUGUUGUCGAUGUCUUCUUGGUCGCCUUUGUACUGCUUUCCUUGUUGUCGCCGCUGGCUCAUGCUUGAAUCGAGCCGACUAGUACCGUGCCCAUCCGUCC